AUGGACGACGAUUAUGUUGCGCAGAUUCUUGCCAAGGAGGCUAAAGAGAAUUCUAUUAAAUACUCGACUCAAGGACUAAGUGCAUUUAUGCCUUCAAAGCCAGCUAGCAAUGCCCCCAAGCCCAAUACUCGCUUCCUCCGAAAUCUCAUCAAAGUCACAGACAGUCAUAACACAGCCCUCCGGCUGAAGGAAGAAAAAGAAUCACGGGAGCGCAUGCUGAAGCAAGAGCGUCAAGAGAACAUCGGGGGAAUGAUCGAGAAGAUCGCGAUCGUUCACAUCGAAAAAGAAGUCGAAGCCGUUCCCGUUCUACGGAACGAGACCGAUCGCGCAGGCACCGACGAAGACCUGAUGACCACGACAUCACUGGAAAGAGAGACAAGCACCGCAGCGAACAUCGUCAUGUACGUCGGGAUCACGAGUCAAUUCGGAGAGAUCGACGGGACAAAGACAAGGAACACGGUAGGAGGCGACGUGAUCGAUCAUACUCUAGGUCUCCCAGCCGUUCUCCGCGCAGGGACCGGAGCACCGAUCGCCAUCGCCAUCGAAGGCAAGACCAUCGAAGACCUUGUCGGACCACUUCCUCCCCGACAGAACGAAGCGCCCAUUCGCUCACGCGGGCGAGGUGCUUACAAACCCAACUUGAGCAAUAUUGAUGCACAUUUUGCCCCCGGCUACGACCCGACUACCGACGUACAUCUAGACGAUGACAAUUCUAACUCCAUGGGCCAGCAGUCCUCCCGACGUGCGGUUGCAGGGCUCAUGACCGCUGACGAUGAUUGGGACAUGGCCAUGGAGGCGCUACGCGAUCGUGAGCGUUGGAGGCAAAAGGGCGAGGAGAGACUACGCAAAGCUGGAAUCAACGAGGCGACCAUCAGCCAAUGGAAAAAUAACACCGCCUUCACGGGCGUGGACGGCGAAAGCAAACCGGAGGAUGUACAAUGGUCAAAGAAGGGCGAGGGACGGGAAUGGGAUCGCGGCAAAUACGUGAAUGACGAUGGUCAUAUUGACAUUCGGGCUGCUUGGUAG